AUGGCCAACCGCCAGCACGGUCUGUCGCGUACCUUGCCGAAGGAUUUUACGUAUCCUUCCGCCGGAGAACCUAGAACUCCAGAGCGCGCUUCGGUGCAUCUAGAUGCGCCGCCUCCACCGCCCCGGCAUUCUGGCUCGCGCCUUCGCCCAUCCCGCGUCCGGUCAGGGACCGACCUCUUUGCUCAAGUCAGCCGCGACUUCAGCGUCUCUGACCCUGCCGCCCCGGACAUGCCUCUACCUUCUAUCGAAUUCCCUCCCACUCGUGAUGCGUCCGCGGUCCAAUGUGAGCCAGCGAUGUCCCCGAAAAAUGAUCAUCUUCUCGCACCGCCUCGCCCUCGAGUGGCCCUAAAGACCCCGCCGGCUCAGAUCCGCCCAGACCCUGUCGAAGUGGAGUCCACCAGCUCUUGGUCCGCCUGGAAUCCACGAGCCUUUGGAGAAGAGAUCCAACGCCCGAGUUCGGCCUGCUCGAAUGCGUCCGACUCUUCCGUUUCCUCAAUUGAAACAUUUGGCUCACGUCAAUCGGUUGGCGGAAGCUGCACGAGUACUGAAAGCGAUGCCUAUGAUCCUUUCUUCCAUAUUGAACUUACCCCGAAGCAAACCGCAGACACUUCACCGCUAACCGCAAAUCUCUCGAGCAAACGCCAAAAUCUUACAAAAACCAAAGAACGGUGGACUUUGGAUAUGGACAACCACCUGUGGAAUACCUACCAACUUUACAUCCAAGACCCUACUAUCACACCCUUCAAAAUGACGCCUGGUAGCAUUCCGCCUCUCGGCGUCACGCAUAGAGUGUCACGACAAGCAAAACGAACCUGGGAAAGGAAAGGAACUCGGCUUGACAAACAGUUCACCUCCGCUAACACUGCACCUCGGAGUGGUGGCUCAACUCCAACUGGAAGGGAACAUACGUCAAAGCCUUCUUGGCCCAAAUCAGAAGCCUCAACUCGACGAAGGCUGAAGUUCCUGUGUAAGAGGAAAUUUUCCAUCGCUCCUCACUACCAAAGGAUGAUGCAGUCUCGGAGCCCAACACCGUUCCUGGACCUCUUCUCGCGGCCCUCUGACGCACCGCCUCGAGUUGACGACCCCGUCAAUACAUCUGCUGUCUACGCGACCCGUGAUUUGGGCGUAUCUCUCGUAUCCAGUUCGGUUCCAAGCCCAUUAGCCGAACUAGCUACUCAAGAUCCAUUACCGAGCUCAAGCACCGAAUUGCCUCGCCCACAAGUUCUUAAUACUCCACGGAGUGAAUUAAGCGGCCCACUGCCAACGAAAUCAUCCAGUUUCGACGGAAGCGGAGUGGUACCCCGACUCGGUUCGCCGUUCUCGUACCAUACUUGGGGUCCGAACAACAUAAAAAAGAGACAUCAGCGACACACUCCCCGAGCUCGACGCGAAACCAUCCAUGUGGCAGGUGCACGCCUGCGAUCUCCCCCGCGCAUGGAUCCCCUUCCAAAUCUGGCCAACAACCACAGUUCGAGCUCCAAUGCGGCCCCUGAAUCACCGACUGACGAAGAGACUCGGCGCAAUCUGGAGGAGCUUUUCCGCCAAGGAAAGUUGAACGAUGUUGGCCACCGCCGUGUACGGAUUCGAAAUCGUGGGGCUACCACAAGCUCAGCGGUGACGCCCAAAGGUCUCGACCAGCUGUUCUCCCCACCUUCAUCUUCGUCUCGUAAUGAAGAGACGCCUUCAACGGAGAAGCCUAUGCCCAAUCAGAUCUUGAACUUGAGCGGUGAACAUAUUAAGAGACUAGGCUCUCCUUUCAAAAUGGAAGGAUUUAGGCGUACUGCACCGCCGGGCAGAAUUUCAAGACACGCGCCGUCUCUCUCCGAUCCGUUCGCCAGCGGUGCAAUUCCUCGGUUUCGGUCAUUAGCACAACACGCGCCCUCUAAAAGUCAAACUGCCGUGACGACCGGACCGCCGUAUGACCCGACGGAGGAAGGAAUUUCGGAUGCCGAGCGUAUCCGGAGACAAAUCUUGAAUAUGCCUUACACGAGGCGUUAG